GCUGCCUCUGGAUUCCAGAGAAUCCUGUCAACCUUGACACUAGCAAUAUUUCCAACUCUUUAUUUUUUUACAUUCCUUUACUAUACUGAUACAGGCUCCACGUUUUUUAUCCUCUUUGCCUAUUUAAUGUGUCUUUAUGGCAAUCAUAAAACCUCAGCAUUCCUUGGAUUUUGUGGGGUUAUGUUUCGCCAGACGAAUAUUGUAUGGACUGUCUUCUGUGGUGGAAGUGUUGUUGCAGAAAAGCUAAGUGAAAGCUGGAAAGUGGAAUUACUGAAAAGCAAAGAGAAGAAAAACUUACUAACACAAAACCUCUUUUCAGAAUCAAUUAGGAUUGUUAGAUUUGUCCUUGGGUACUUUACGUCAUUUAAAAACUUGAGCAAUGUGAUUCUCUUGAUAUGGCCAUACAUUACUGUAAUGGUGGCAUUUGCUACUUUCAUUGUCCUCAAUGGUGGCAUCGUUCUUGGGGAUAGGAGCAGCCAUGAAGCCUGCCUGCACUUCCCUCAGCUAUUUUACUUUUUUUCUUUUAGUCUUUUUUUUUCCUUCCCUCUUAUAGUGACACCCAGUAAAGUUAUCAGUUUUCUCCAUUCUGUGAGGAUCUAUUUUCUGCGAUAUAGUAUCCUGACAAUUGUUUCU